AUGAGGAAACACGAGCCAAGUUUCCAUCGGUUUGAAAGAUACAAGACGACUAAGUGCCAGGAGAACGUCGACUGGGAGUCUCGCCAGUCUAAAUACAAAGACAUAUACGAGGACUUUGUAAGACAAUAUCCCCAAGGCAGACAAGACGAGUUCCCCCACAGCAACGGGGAGAUCACGUCCAAGGCACAAAUCACGUCCAAAUUGAAGGCUGUUCGGACGAAGUACAGAAAAGCGGUGGACACGGGAAAGCGAAGUGGCCAAGGACGUGUUGUGUUCAUAUUCUUCGAGCUGUGUCAACAAGUUUGGGGAGGGUCACCGGCCACUGAGACCAUCGCAGGCGGGCUGGAGACGGCGGAUUGCGAAGAUGAUGAUCCCGCCAUUACCCGUAGCUCAACCCCUCUCUCCGAAAGCCAAGAAAAUGUGGAGAAUGAAAAUAGCGGUUCGUCUUCUGGGGUGGUCAACUCGAGACGAAAUAUGCUCCAAGCGAAGCUGGAUGGUCACAGGAGAGAGAAGUUGAAGAGAAAACUGCACUCUGAUUCGUUUGUGGAAGAGGACCUCCAUAUCAAACGGAGAAUGUUGGACUUGGCCGAGGAGGCAGAGAUGAACAAUGUGCACAGACUGCCCAGUGGGUUCAGUCCUCAUGGCUUCUCCACACCUGGCCCUAUGCACCAUCCCUCUGCAGUUUCCACCCCUAGACUCUCACCUUCCUUCCACAAUCCACAACAGGGACAAGGACCGUCGUAUCGGCGCAUGCUGAUGCGCGAGGACACAAUUGAGGAGCAGGACUUCACUUAUUAG